CGUUUAUCUGUGUGUUCAUGGGAAUCUGGGCAGGUGUGUGCGUGUGUGUGUAUGCAUAUAAGACACGCACACACACACACACACCACGACACAACACUACACACCACCACAAUGGGCGCCCUCCACCUCGCCCUCUGCCUUCUGGCCCUUGGUACCAGCUCACUCCUCGCUGUGACCCGUGAUACCUGUCUGCCAUCGUGCCCUGACGCCUGCACCCCUGGGGAAGCCGUGCCUGACCCCCACAAUUGCUACAAGUACUACACGUGUAUGGAGAACUGCGAACCCACGGAUGUAGCGUUCGAGUGCCCUGUUGGUGAGAAAUUUGAUUCAGUCGGCAAGGUUUGCAAGACGGACGACGGUACAGUAACUUGUGGGCUGUGUGUUGCGCAGUGCAGGUACGACUGUAUGUUACACAAAGGCUUCGCUGCAGUUAGGGGUGUUUGCAAUGAAUACUACUUCUGCGCUACGGACACCCCUGUAAAGAUCUACUGCAACGAUCCGAAGAAGCCUUAUUUUGAUGGGACUAACUGCGUGGAGAAUGAAAACGCGUGCUGUGACCCCUGUGAAGUGUACUGCGAGGUGCCAUACACGGAGAUCGCUGACCCGACGAGCUGUAAACACUUCUAUUACUGCGAUGAGAUUGGCUUCCCUCUCGAUGUUGAUAGAUACGAGUGUCCUGAGGCGAGACUUACAGUAACAGGACGUACAGCUGUGUGCCUGACGCAGAGACAGACUGUUAUGAGCCUUGUGCUACGCCGCCCUAGACAGAAAGAUAGACAGACAGACAGACAGAUAGAGAGACAGAAAGACAGAUAGACAGACAGAUAGAUAAAGAUUUCAGGUUAAAAACGGUGUGAUUGUUGUUAUGAGCAGUGUGAUGCGCCGCCCUAUAGAUAGA